AUGUCUGACGUCCACGAUGUCGCUCCCAACGAUGAAGUGGCUUCCAACACUUCCUCUAUGGUAGCUGAGUCCGGAAAGUCCGACAUCGACGAGCCUUCGUCUACUACACCCACCAACGAGGGCGAGUCAAGCAGUACCUCUCAACCCGAUCUCACCGUCAUCCGCGCACCACGAAUCGUCACGAUCCAUGUCGCCGGAGAGCUUCGCCUCAUCGGUAUUCUCGACCCUCUCGACAGAGCACUCGGCUACUACUUCGACAACCCCCACGACGAAGUCCUCGUCCGCAACGUGAUGGCCCACUCCAACCUCGCCGUCCAAGCCGUCGUCUUCCAAGGCGAACGCAGCGUAGGCAACCACGUUGCUCGCAAACUGCCUUCCCUCUACCCCGGCCGUGCUGUUCGAGAAUUCCACUUCAACCUCCCUUUUCGUGUUGCUAGUCCUGCUGCUUUUAGACAGCUGAAGCUCCCUCUUGGCUUUCGUCGUUGCUUCUUGGGACUGAAGCCGUCAGGUACGGUUGUGCAUAAGUUGGCUAGAGAUGCUGACUGUCCCCCGAAGUUGGUCAAGCGGUAUAAUCGGAUCUUCCAGGCUUGGAAGGACAAGAAUGGUGCGCUUCCGGACCGACAGUGUGAUGUUGCGCUGAUGGCGUGGCCGCGUAUGGCGCAUUGUGCUGGUGGAAUGUCCUUGGAGUUUGUCCAGGAGCUCGAGGCUGAUUCUCUUGGAGGCACCAAUGUGGUCAUGUGGUGA